AGCAUAAAGCAUAACCCAAUACCUCAACAGCAACAAUAUGCAUCAUUCCCUGCUUUUUAUUCUUAUACCUUGUAUGUUGUUCCAUGGUCUGAUCACUUCUGAUAGAAAGAAUGCAAUUGCUACUACAAUCACAGUAGCAAUCACUUUAUUGAACAUUGCCAUCUAUUACCUAAGGUGCCUCUAUGAAGCUAACUCCACCAAAAGAAACACAACAUCAUGUUCCAAGGACCAAGCAUUUCGUCAAUUUUCACUUAAGGAGAUUCAACAAUACACCAACAAUUUUAGUCUCUUGAUUGGAAGGGGUGGAUAUGGUAAUGUGUACAAGGGCACUAUACAUGGCAGUGCAACGACUGUAGCAAUUAAACGUUUGAAGGAAGGGUCCAAGCAGGGAGAGGGGGAGUUUUGGACAGAGAUCGAAAUGCUAUCAAAGUUUCAAAAUGAACACCUUGUGUCCCUAAUAGGCUUCUGCAAUGAAGGUAAAGAGAGGGUGUUGGUUUAUGAGUACAUGCCUAAAGGAACUCUUGCAGACCAUCUCCACAAAUUUGAUAGAUUGGGGAAGAAUGAUGAUCAUCCUCUCUCUUGGGAAAAACGACUCGAGAUUUCAAUAGGUGCUGCGCGGGGAUUGCAUUACCUUCACACCUCCAAGCCUAAGGCGAUACACCGGGAUGUAAAAAGCUCAAACAUUCUGCUGGAUGAGAGUUGGGUGGCAAAGGUUUCAGAUUUUGGUUUGUCCAAAAUGGGGCCUGGAAACAAGUCGUUCACUCAUAUUAGUACAAUUGUCAAAGGAACAUUUGGCUACUUGGAUCCUGAAUACUUCACAACUUGCAGAUUGACAACAAAAUCCGACAUUUAUGCUUUUGGAGUAGUGCUGCUUGAAGUGCUCACCGGAAGGCCAGCACUGGAUGAGAGGAUUGUUGAGGAAGGGAAAAAUCUAGCCAUUUGGGCCAUAGACUACCUGAAAAAAGGAAAUGUUAAUGAUAUUGUUGACAACUGUUUGGCAGGGCAAGUCUCUCAAACUUGUUUGAAGGCAUUUGCAGAAAUUGCAGAGAGAUGUUUGGGCAGAAAGCCACACGAACGACCAAAUAUGACUGAUGUGCUAACAAAACUUGAAUCAUUGUUGGAAUUACAGCAAAAGAAGAAUAAGAAUAAGAAGAAGAAGAAGGAUAGAAAUUCCGAAAGCAAACCAGGUCAAGGGGAUCUUUUGCAUGUCCUGCCGAUAAAGCCACCAAAUACCAGAGCUUCUGCAACAAAAUAUGAAGGACUACGCCAAUUCUCCAUCACUGAAAUCCUGCAGGCCACUCGCAAUUUCAACAAGACUCGUAUUAUUGGUUUUGGGGAAGAUGAUGAGGUGUUCAUUGGAUCUUUAGAUGGUGGUAAAAGUAAUGUAGCUAUCAGAAGGGCCACCAGUUCAGUGUGUCAUGAUCGCAUGGAUCUAGAGUUGCAAUUUUACCAUUACGAUCUCCCUUUGCCCAGCCAUGCUAAUAAUGUUGUCUCUCUGAUUGGCUACUGCAAUACUGAUGAUAAACAUAAGAUCUUUGUAUAUGAUUACAUGGCAAAUGGGAGUCUGCAAGAUCAUCUCCAUAAACCUUACAAUAAUCCUCUCCCAUGGAAGCAAAGGCUUAAAAUCUGCAUUGAUGCUGCGCGUGGUUUGUGCUGCCUUCACCAUACCUUGAAGAAGAGCAUUCUCCACCAUGUAUUCAACUCAAGCAACAUUUUUCUGGAUGAGAAUUGGGUUGCUAAAGUUUCCGAUUUUGGUUGGUCUAGAAGUAAACAACACUCUGGUUGGUGUAGAGGGGUAGUUAACAGUCCUGACUGUGGAAUUCUGGAUUCAGGAGAUUUAGGUUUUAUAACACCAACAGAAAAAUCUUAUGCAUAUGCAUUUGGCUUACUGUUAAUUGAAGUGUUAUGUGCCAACAAUGAAUCGAUACUCCAGAUAACGAAGGAUGUGGAUACUAGAGCCUUCUGGUUCAAGUCACAAGGAAGAGGUAAGUCAGGUAACCAUUCAAUAUAUAUAGACCCUGACAUUGUUUGGAAAAUAUCACCAGACUGCCUUGAGAUGUUCGUUGAUACUAUAUGCAACUGUCUGCAACACGAAUUCAGAGAAAGACCGACAAUAAGUGAGAUUUUGAAAAGUCUGGAGGGUGCCCUCAAGCUGCAAGAAGCAUCAGAUGGCAAUAUGCAACUGUCUGCAACACGAAUUCAGAAAAAGACUGUCAAUAAGUGAGAUUUAGGUAUCAGAAUCCAAAAGUGAAACAGAAAUGCACCAUUCAGAAGCAAAAUUUCUUUUUCUUCCAUCCAUCUAGCCUGCAAAAUAAAUUAUAUUGUAGCUGAACAUGCUUGUUGGGUUUCUUACAUUCGUUCUAUACUUGUCCUCAUUCCAGCUUUCACAAAAGCAACUUCACAUUCUCUUCCUCUACUUCCUAUGAAUGCAUGCGGUGCUGUUUGCCAGGUUGCAGAGCCUCAGGUUAGUCGACUGUGAAAUUAGUUUUGACUUGCUAAAGGAGCUUCAGGUUCUCUGAAACUAAAAACAGAAAUUAUAUUGCUCUAGUGUAUCAAUGCCACCAUUCAGAAACAGAACUUCAUUUUCUUUCAUCCAGCCUGCAAAUUGUAGCUGAACAUGCUUGUUGCAUUCCUUACAUUCUAAACUUAUUAUGCCAUUAUUUCAUGAAAUCAAGUUCACAUUCUCUUUCCUCAGCUCCCUAUGAUUUUUUUGUCUAUUAGCAUUUUAAAUCCCAAACAUUAAUCGUCAAUAACUCGAACUUUACCAUGAAGAUAAACUCCAAUUUCCCACACAAUUUGUGCAGGCAGAACAAACACACAGCCACUUAGCGUGAAUUAUUGUUAGAAAGAGACAUAAGAAAACAAAAAAUAUAGCGUGAAUUGCUCGCUAUCCGUACCUGUGACAGAUGCGAGGCAUUGUCUUCUUCCAGAAAAUCCGAAAACGGCUGCCCUAAGAAGUCCGUCAAGUUAGUGCUGGACGAUACAGACAGCGAAGGACAUGUUCAGUGGUCAGCAAUACACUUCAUACUUGCAGCUAGCCUUAUCCUGGCAAAAUAUUUAAAUAAAUCACAGAGGAUUGAAGAGAAAUCAUAACGAACACAGCAAAAAUUAAAGAUGAGAAGAGAAGUAUAUCAGAGGAGUCUCCUUCUUCAGGUAUUCUUCACAUUCUCUGUGAUAAUAAUGACAAAUAUGGUGGUAGCUGAAGGUGCGAGUGCCGCUAACCUCCGCAUCGUUAGCAACGCUUCUUCUCUCAUCGCCGAUUACAUGGAAGUGGACGGCGGCGAAGAAUCCUCGACGGAUUGGGGAAUCGGCAGAAUGCUUCUUCCUAAUAAUGACCCGACAACGGGCCAUAUUGUCUAUCACGUGGAAAA